UUCUAUGAAGAUGGUAGCAAAUCCUGCUUCGAACCCAACCACACAUGCAUCCAUGAACAAGCGAAGUCCUACUAAAUCGUCCAGCAAUACCAACUCAUCAUCAUCUCCAGGUGUCUCAAGUGGGAUGGAGAUGGAAAGAAGAGUUGAGAGUCUGUUUGAGACUCAGACUGUAAGCGAAGUGCGGGGAGUGGAGAGGAGGUUCCACUCGGACAUCGACAGGAAAAGACAGGAUCUGAGACUUCUUGUUGGGGAGAGAUACAAAGACGUAAUUGAUGUGUCAGACAAACUCACUGGAAUCACUGCUCAUUCAGAACAAGUGAAAUCCAGGCUAGAAAGGAUGCAAUCUCUAUGCGAAGACUUAAAGAAGAGCCAAGAACGACAGAAGAAGAAUUUGCAGCACCAAGAACAGAAACAAAGCCAAGAGUUCACUAGUGGUGUGAACAAAGAGGGAGAUGGUACAAUUGGCAACGGAAAUAGAAGUGCGUUGGAGGUGGCAUGUCAAUUGAGACUGUUAUCCCUGAUGCCAGAAAACGUGCUGUUGUUUCUGGACAAAUGCGAGUACGUCAAGGCAUCCCAACUAGUCUCCUUUUCCCAAAGUCUCCGAUCGAGUCUGACAGAUCCACUCUCCAGCCCAUACACAGACACAGUGAAGACCCACUUCCCUAUUCUGCACAGAAUAUCAACUCAACACAUACACUCCGCACUCAGUCAGACUAUGCAGAGGAAUAUGAUUGCAAUGGUUACUGCAGGACCUUUGGCAAAACCCAGCUCCGAUAAUGCAGCUGAAGCCAAUAAUGGACUAUGCACGAAAGAGAACGCAGCCCACUUCUGCCGAAUUGUGGAAGCAUUCUCGAUUCUAUACAAAAGUUUCUUCAUUGACGCUUGUGUGCAGUGCCUGGAACUAUUUAGUGACCAUAUGGUCCAUAUUCUCACUGACGCCGACACGAGUCAAAGUGUGGGAGAUAUUUUGACGAUGGUAUCUCGAAUAUAUCAUUUUGUAGUGUACUGUAUUGAGUAUACGGUCGAAUUUGUGACUGAUUCGUCCAAGAAUGAUGAGUCAUUGAUGAGCCAUAAGUUCGAUGACUUGUACCCGACGCAAACGCAACUGAAGAACUUUUUACCCACCGAUAUUCGAAAUGUGUCUUUCGCGCCGACUAUUCUUGAUCAAAGUGAAAUUGAAGGUUUCAAGAAGGAGGUUUCUUCGCACAUUGAAGAGUACUUGGUGAAUAGGAUCCGAAAAUACGUGGAUGAUCAGCUAAGUUAUGUGAAGACGAUUAAGUCUCUGACCAAGAUCAAGACGGAACUAACAAGAAUUGAACAAGAGUCCAUUCGCUUUGAGAAUUCGACUUCAGAACCUGUCGGGCAAUUCGAAGAUAAUUCUGGAGUGAAUGUUAUUUCUGUGAACAUCUGGCAGACUCUGUUUGAACCCCUGUUCGCCUCUUGUGUACAGAAACUAGUGAAAAAGGGCGCGCUUGAUCAGUGGACAGAAGUCCUGGCUCUCCUAGAGGACAAGCUGGCCCCCCUCACUUCAUCACACCACCCCCACUCUCAACGUCAAAGGGGGGACUCCGAUAUGCCGUCACAUGUGUGGAACGAAGAAGUACUAUUAACUCAUCCGAGCCAGUCUCUGGGUUUGUCUAGUGAGGGGGGUGAGAAAAGUUCAAAAGGGGUUGAAAGGGGAAGUAGCGGUGGGGUUGGAAAUGCGUGGUCGUCAUCUCACACGGAGACUCCGGCUAUUGUGAGCGUGUGUAACAAGAUUGAUGAGAUCGUAGAUGUCUUGUGUGAGAGUGGUCGAGUCUACUUCCAAUCUCAAACUCAACCAAAUCGCAAGCAACACCAAUACCAAUAUAACAACCUGAACAGUGCCACUUCAAGUUCAAGUACAGGAAACUUGAGUGCGCAAGAAGACAGUGGGAAAAGUGCAAUGGAUGGAAUGAGCGAGCAGAUUACUCUGAUUUUACUGCAAAGGCUGAUUGAAUUUCUACAUGGAACAUCCAGAGAUCUGGUCGAAGCAUUGUCAAAUGGAGUCAAUGGAUUCAAAAUGACGCGUGUGGAAUUGGAACUGAGACUGAUGAAUUAUCUGUUGUGCAAUUGCAGAUGCAUGCGCAACUUCCACAGGAAUGAGUUGACAGAAGAGGUCUUUGUGCAGGUCGAACAGAUGAUGAAGCGAGUUCAGAGGGAGUGGCUGGAAUGCCUGUGCUCUGAGGCGCUGUCUUCUCUCAAAUCUCACAUCAACUCAGCUACAAUUCAAGAACACGAGGGAAAGUCAGUCUCAAGUAAAAAUGAAGAUAUCAGUCGUCAACUAUUGGCUGCAUGCUGGGAGCAGAUUGAAAUUGAAGAGGAAACGGAAGAAGGCAAAACUGUGUCAACAAAGCUCAACAUUCCAAUUAAGGCCUCUUAUCCCGUGCAUGAGAUGCUGUUUGUGCUGACCAAUGGACUGAACAGAGUGACGUCACUUCUCACCUCCGAGUUCAUACAGCGACAGCAGAGGUCACAAAGGUCUGCGCAUUCAUCAUCAAUCUCAGCCACACCUUUUCUCUUUCUGCUCGCAGCAGAACUCAAAGACCGACUGAGCAGCGACGCAAGACAUCUUAUGAACGAAAAACUAGUCGAUUUCUACAGCAAUAAUCUAUAUCAAACGGAAAUGAUGGACACGAAACUAGCGGUGCAGAUCAUAUAUGAUAUCAAAUUCCUAGCAGUGCUGUUGGCCAACUCGGAUGAUGUUUACAAGUCCCCCUCUAGAAUAGGGGGAGGGGGAAAUGAUGAGUCAUUGGUGGCAGUGGUGGGAAAAUAUGAGCAGCAUGUGGACCCAUUUGACUAUGAUGUGUAUUCACAGCAUAUGGGAGACAAGUUAGCCCAGGAGGUCGGUCAGAGCCAACACCUCUACGGCUAUUUAAUUUCCCAGUCAACUCUGGCCUCGAACUCAAUAAACCUCUCAUCAUCAUCUACAUCUGGACCAUCCGGAUCGAAGACUUCUGGAAGAAACGCACCAUCUUCAUCGCACAUGCACAACCUGUGUCAGCUGGUGUCUUCUCCGAAUAAGUUCCAGCCUCUAUCAGUACCCCACAGUGCUGCCUCUUUCGCCCUCAAGCGAAGUGCAACUGCAGUGUCAGGUAGCGCAAUGGGAUCUACAGGGGGUGUCACAGGGAGUCAAGUGACUCCGACCAUCACGCCUGAUCAAAGUCACAAGGGCAAAAAGUUCGCCUCACCGGGAUCAUCGCUGCUCAAAGGAUGGCUCAAAGGCUGAACCGACAGUGAAUUAAAAAAGAUAAAUCAAACUCAUCGGAUUUGGCUGUUAUUUGGUUUUGUUCAAUUAUAAACUCGUUCAAAAGACCUCUUAAGUGUAAUCUGCAUAUCAUUGUAAACCUUGGUGUGGUUAUCUGCAAUCAUGAGUGAAAUAUAGAUUUUAUUUGCAAUUUAAUCUGAGAAAGAUUACU